UAUACCUGCCAGUCGGUCGAUACAAGAAACCGCACCGGCGGAGGAAUCCACAAAUUAAGUCCCGUGGAAAAGAGUGUGACAGCUGAAAGCGAAGGACGCGUAUCGAUGGCGACGACGACUUUGGCGUCUCUGGAGCUGGACUAUUUCAGGGCGGUGUCCCUCUACCGCCGCCGCUCCUACGAGCGAUGUGCGGAGCUGUGCAACGCGCUCCUGCAGGCCGGUCACGAUGGCCAUGUCCAACUGUUUGCCACCAAGGAGGAGGAGGAGGUGGUGGAUCCGAAGCAGCAGCAGGCGGAGCACAGCAGAUUCGGUAGCAAUUUGCAGCGCAUUGGCCCCAGGCCAAGAGGAGCAGCUGGGGCAGCUGGGACGGACUCUGGAUCCUCAUCCAUCAUGAUGCCCACUUGGCUGAUGGAGGGCGUGUGGCAAUUAAAGAUGCGCGCCCUGACGCAGCGCGUCUACCUGGACGAUCUGGAGGACGAGGCCGGGGACGAUGAGGCCACCGAGGAGGUGGAGUUCGAGCGCAUAGCCACCGCUGCCCGGCCGGGAAGCAGCAUAAAGACCGCCUUCCAGCCACGCCCCCUUACCAGUCAGAGGGCGCAGCAGGCGAGGAGCCGGGGCUCCGGGGUGGCCCACUCCAGCGAUGGUCGCCUGAACAGCUCCAGGCCAGGAUCGGCGGCAGUGGCUCGUCCGGGCACCAGUCUCAGUCGACCGGGAUCCUCGCUGGGCUCCCGUUGCGGCACCGCCUCAAGAAUUCGCGCCACCUCGGCGGCGGCCUUCAAUGUGGGCGAUGCCACCGCGAAACUCUACCAGGCCUCCCGACUCAAUCCCACCAUAUACGCCGAGCGGGAGACCCUGGUGAAGGCACUCUUUCAGUUCCUCUACUACCACGAAGCGGAUGUCCAGAAGGCCCAUUCGCUGUGCCAGGCGGUGCUCGAGGCUCAGCGCCAGAAGCCCAGCGGAUCGGGUGGCUCCACUUUGUCCUGGUGGUGGCAACAGCAGAUGGGUCGCUGCCUCCUGGCCCUCCACUAUCCGCGCCGAGCUGAGCCCUUUCUGCAGCAAUCCCUGGCCAGCUUUCCCCAUCCGGACACCUAUCUACUCCUGUCCAGGGUUUACCAGAGAAUAAAGCAGCCCGAGAAGGCUUUGUUCGUGAUUGGCGAAGUGGUGGACUCGCGACCCUUCGAUGUCACCUACCGCCUGGAGCAGGCGAGGAUCCACCAGGCCAUGGAGCAGCAGGAGGAUGCCCUGCAGCUCUAUCGACUGGUGGCCAAGCUGCAGCCAAUCAACGUGGAAUCUCUGGCCAGCAUUGCCGUGGGCUACUUCUACGACAAUAAUCCAGAAAUGGCGCUGAUGUACUACCGCAGAAUCUUGUCCUUGGGAGCCCAGUCGGCGGAGCUCUACUGCAACAUUGCCUUGUGCUGUCUAUAUGGUGGUCAAAUCGAUUUGGUUCUACCCUGUUUCCAAAGAGCCUUGGCCAUGGCCACUCAACCCGCGCAGAAGGCGGACAUUUGGUACAACCUCAGCUUUGUGGCGGUGACUUCUGGUGACUUUAACCUGGCCAGAAGGUGUCUUCAGUUGUGCCUCACUUCGGAUGCCCAGAACGGCGCUGCCCUCAAUAACUUGGCUGUGUUGGCUGCCCAGUCUGGUGAUAUUUUGGGGGCCAAGUCCUAUCUGAAUGCAGCCAAGGAUGUGAUGCCCGAAGCUACGGAGGUUGCCACUAAUUUGCAGUUUAUGGAUGUGCACUACAAGCUAUAA